UUGAAAUUUCAUCCCCUCAUCUGAUUUAGACUUUCUUAUCUUGCUGUGUCCUCCCUGCUGGUGGAGACUCACUCAGCUUCACUGUCACUGCCAACUUCUCUUCUGAGGACCUGAGAAAGGAGCUGUCAUGUCUGAAAAAGAGUCUGGAUAACAUCAACCAGAGAGACACCAUGACACUGAGUCCAUCAGGUUGUGAAGCUUCACUUUCCACCCUACAGCCUCCUGAACCUCAAGGCAGAAAUGAGUUUUUACAAUAUUUCUGUCCACUCACACUGGACGUCAACACGGCACACAGACAACUCAGAUUGUACAAGUGGUACAGAAAGGUAACAUGUGAGAGGACUGAAACUGAAUUUCCUAAUCAUCCUGACAGAUUUGAACGCUAUGCGCAAUUUCUGUGCAGUGAGGCAAUGACUGGGACUCGCUAUUACUGGGAAGUGGAGUGUACUGGAGACUUCAUGGUGAUAGGAGUCACAUAUAAAGGACUGAGCAGGAAAGGAGACGGCGGGGAGUGCAGCCUUGGAAAUAAUGACAAGUCCUGGAGUUUGCGAUGGUCUCAUUCUCAGUACUAUGUGUGUCACAAUAAUAAGGAGAUUGAAAUCAGUGCCCCCUACAGCCCCAGAAUAGGUGUGUAUCUGGACUGGCCUGCUGGCUCUUUGUCAUUUUAUAGGGUCUCACACACAAUGACCCUCCUGCACAGGUUCAGCACCUCCUUCACUGAGCCCCUCUAUCCAGGGUUUGGGCUUGAUACUGACUGCAGUGUAACAAUCUGCCAUCUGACACCAGGUGACCACUGACCAGUACCCUCUACCAGUCACUUAAUGUCCCCACAAGCGUAGGUUCUCUUUGUGUUUUCAGUUUGGGGUCAAAAUGAAUUUUACAGGAUGUGUGGAUGGGAAACACCUCUUUGAUUGAAUUUUGAGAUGAGAAUGCAGGGUGAGUGCAGCUGUCAGGGUCAGGGUUUGAGCAGCCAGAUUUGUCACUAAUGUUACCCUGGAACUCCAACAUAAUCACAAAAAAAGUUCUUAGUUGACAUAAACUUGCAAGUGUGUGGGCCUUCCAGUGGACUGGUACCCUGUCCAAGGUUGGGCCCUGUCUUGUCCACAAACUUGAAGUAAAAAAGUGGAUAAGAAAGAGAACAAUAGACAGAAGGGUCACUGAUUGCUCAGUUGCCAAACUAUUGCUUCUUGUGGCUACUGUAAAUUUUACGGAGCAAUUUAUACAAAUGGAAAAUUAAAAACAUCAAAGCAGAAAGCAUCCAAUGAAAUCUUGAGCACUGAAACAUGAAAGCAGAGAAUGAGAAACAAUCAGACAGUCAGAUGAAUGGAGACUUUAACAGGAGGACUGAGGGGUGGGAGUGAAGUGCAGCGGCUCCCACUAGUGGACACUUGCUGUAUUACACACAUGGGAAAGCUCAGCUGUGAAACUGGUUAAAAGUAUACAGUACAAUAUAAAAUCAAUAAGAAUAAAGUAAAAAGACAAGAAUAAAAUGUCUGAAACAAAGUACUUUAAAGAUUAUAUCUGAAACUAAUUAAGUUUAAACUAAAUUAAGAGUGCAAAAGGGUGCAACAAUCACGCAGUCACGUGACUUUCAGAGCUGACAGGUGAACUGAUUCUUCUGUAGCCAAACUGCCCCCUCCAGUGGUCACUUUCAAUAUUACAUACAUGGAAAAGCUGAGGAGGAAAGAAUGGUUUGAAUAAAUCAAUAUUUUGUGUAAAUAUAUUAUUAUUGUUAUUACCUUUAAGGGCGGUGCUGCUUUGUAAUGGGUUAUCUAAGAUUUCAUAUCGGAAAAGUACAUUAAUUUUAAUUAAUCACAUAUUAAUAAUGGCUAUGUAAUAACAAAAUACAAAUCUCAUAAUUUUUUACAGUUUAUAAAAUAAACUAUAAAUGGUUUUCAGUUUGGAGUAUAAACGAUAAGGACGACUGAUAUUUGUCAGAUCAGUUCAUUUGUUAACUUCUGACUUGUAAACAUUUUUGGUCUUGGUCAUAUCUCAUGUGUUUUAUGUUCUAAAGAUAUAAAACUCCUUAUUGAUGAUCCAUUUCCUAAUUUUUGAUUUCAUUUGAUAUAUCUUACUAUCACUGGAAAAGUCAAAAUAUGCUUUUUUAUGUUCA